AUGCCAAAAUCAACCACAGACAUCUUCAUGAGUAUCAAACCCGAGCACAUCCAAAACAUCGCCUUGCGUACCAAGAACCACGAAUAUCGAAGCUACCUGCUACCGCAAAGCAUUCAACGUAUCUGGUUUUACACCUCCAGUCCUAUCCAGAGCUUUGAAUAUGUCGCUCAAAUAUCGCAUGGCAAGCGUCCGGGAGAAGUGCCCGACGAUGGCAGAAUCGGGAAUGCAGAGUUCAAUACAGGCUUGAAGAAUGCCGGCUAUGGCUAUGAGAUUCUUACGCUUUGGAAGCUCAAAGACCCUAUUACCUUGAAACAGGCUAUUGCAAAUGGCUUCUUGAAGGGUCCACCGCAGAAAUACUGUUGGGCGCCGGUGGAAUUCUUGGAGGAAUUUCAACUGGAGACAUUGACUAGGUUGUUUUCGACGAUCGAAUAA